CAGUUCCCACUGAAGGUCCCUGGGGAACCCAGAACUUGGAACCAGUUCUCAUGUCCCCCAGACAACUAUUGGUUAUAAGGACAAGCAUUGUCCUUCUGAUCUCAGGGUCCAGUGGGCUGGAGUGACGUUUCAGGGUCUCUCCACACCUUGCUCAAGGGAGGAGCCAGAGCCCAUCCCAUCCUCAAGGUAGUGGCACUUGAGGCUGUUUAAUCAUUAAAGGAAAGAAGUGAAACCAGGAGAACCUCAAAGUCCAGCCUGGCAGUGACUGACUGACAGAAGAGCCUGGAGCUGACAGAAAUGGGGUCCAGAGCUUCAGGAGAUGGUGACAGGGAGGGCACAGCCCUGGCCUCAGCACUGGGCUCAGGAGCCAGCCUGCACACCUACGACAUCGUGGUCCUGGUCAUCUACUUUUUUUUUGUCAUCGCUGUGGGGGUGUGGUCCUCUGUUCGUGCCAGCAGAGGGACAAUUGGCGGCUAUUUCCUGGCGGGGAAAUCCAUGAGCUGGUGGCCAAUUGGAGCAUCUCUGAUGUCCAGCAAUGUGGGCAGUGGCCUAUUCAUGGGCUUGGCUGGGACAGGUGCUGCUGGAGGACUUGCUGUGGGUGGAUUCGAAUGGAACGCAACCUGGCUGCUUCUAGCACUCGGCUGGAUCUUUGUCCCAGUGUACAUAGCAGCUGGUGUGGUGACAAUGCCUCAGUACCUGAAGAAGAGGUUCGGAGGGCAAAGGAUUCAGGUGUACAUGUCUGUCCUAUCUCUCAUUCUUUACAUCUUCACCAAGAUUUCAACAGACAUCUUCUCUGGAGCCCUCUUCAUCCAGUUGGCCUUGGGCUGGAACCUCUACCUCUCCACUGUGAUCUUGCUGGUGGUGACAGCUGUCUACACCAUUGCAGGGGGUCUCAAGGCUGUGAUCUACACAGAUGCCCUACAGACAGUGAUCAUGGUGGGGGGAGCCCUAGUGCUCAUGUUUCUGGGCUUUCAGGAGGUGGGCUGGUAUCCAGGCCUGGAGCAGCGGUACAAGCUGGCCAUCCCCAAUGUUACAGUUCCCAACACCACCUGUCACCUGCCUCGAACGGAUGCCUUCCACAUUUUCCGGGACCCUGUCAGUGGGGACAUUCCUUGGCCAGGCCUCACUUUUGGCCUCACAGUGCUGGCCACUUGGUGCUGGUGUACUGACCAGGUCAUUGUUCAGAGGUCUCUUUCUGCCAAGAGUUUGUCCCAUGCUAAGGGAGGCUCAGUGCUGGGGGGCUACCUGAAGAUGCUGCCCAUGUUCUUCAUUGUCAUGCCAGGCAUGAUCAGCCGGGCUCUAUACCCAGAUGAAGUCGGCUGUGUGGAUCCUGACAUUUGCCAGAGAACCUGUGGGGCUCGAGUGGGAUGUUCCAAUAUUGCCUACCCCAAGCUUAUCAUAGCUCUCAUGCCCAUUGGUCUGCGGGGCCUGAUGAUUGCCGUGAUCAUGGCUGCCCUAAUGAGCUCACUCACCUCCAUCUUCAACAGCAGCAGCACCCUGUUCACCAUUGAUGUAUGGCAGCGCUUCCGCAAGAAGGCGACCGAGCAGGAGCUGAUGGUGGUGGGCAGGGUGUUUGUGGUUUUCCUGGUCAUUAUCAGCAUCCUCUGGAUCCCCAUCAUCCAGAGUUCCAACAGUGGGCAGCUCUUUGAUUAUAUCCAGUCUGUGACCAGCUACCUUGCCCCACCCAUCACUGCCCUCUUCCUGCUGGCCAUCUUUUGCAAGAGAGUCACAGAGCCUGGAGCUUUCUGGGGCCUCCUGUUUGGCCUGGCAGUGGGGCUUGCACGCAUGAUCCUGGAAUUCUCCUACCCAGCCCCAGCCUGCGGGGAGGUGGACCGGAGGCCUCCUGUACUGAAGGAUUUCCACUACCUCUACUUUGCGAUUCUCCUCUGUGGACUCACUGCCAUUGUCAUCGUGACUGUCAGCCUCUGUACCACCCCGAUCCCUGAGGAAAAGCUAGCCCGCUUGACUUGGUGGACGCGGAACUGCCCCUGCUCAGAACUGGAGAAGGAGGCCCCUGAGCACACCCCAGAGGCUUCAGAAGUAUCUUCUGGAGAGCACCCUGCAGGAGAUGGAGCGACAGAGAAUCCUAGCCAGGAUCCAGAGCAGCCCCAAGCUCUGUGCAGGUCCUGGGGGAAGCUGAUCUGGGGCUGGUUCUGUGGGCUCUCUGGAGCCCCUGAACAAUCACUGAGCCCAGAAGAGAUGGCUGCACUGCAGAAGAAGCUGACCAGCAUUGAGGAGAAGCCUCUUUGGAGGAAGGUCUGCAAUCUCAACGCCAUCAUCCUGCUAGCUAUCAAUGUCUUCCUUUGGGGCUAUUUUGCAUGAAUGCACAUCAGCAGAGAGAAGAAACACAGUCUCCUGCCACAGAGGCAGGUUUUCUCCCACCUUGCUACUUGAACUGGAGGCCAAAGAGUUGGAGACUGCAAAAGCCUCUAAGAGCAUUCCAUGCAACCUCCACAGCAGCCGUGUGUGAACAAAUAGAGACCCAAAAAGAACAGAGUUUGUUCAGGCCCCAAGCCAACAUGUGCUGGCUCUUCUGACUUAAGUUCUCUCAUUGCAUUUAUGUUAGAUCCAAAUAAGUGACCAGGGUGGGAUGUAAGCAUGGUGACAGGAGGCAAUUGAGGACAGGCAGCUCUGGGGGUAGGGUCUCAUCUAGGUGCUACACAAAACCUGCCUCUUUGGGUGACUGAGGGAAGGGAAAUAGGAAAUAGGUGAGGAUGGUAUCUAGGUCUAAGUAGAAAGGGAGAUUGGGUCAACGUACUCUGCCACUUGAGGAAGACUAGUCCUAAAAUUGAUGCAUCCUGGAAUGGUCCUAACUAUGAUCAUGGAAUGCAAGCUCAGACCUAUAGGAAUGCAGAGGUUAAACAGGCCCCUGAUCUGAAUAUGGGUCCCAGAUCAGAUCAAUGGGGUUUACAGUCAACAAUAUUUAUAUACUGUUCCCAUAUUUGGGAGCUACUCUCUUCCCUUAUCUAGCUUUCUAAUCUUAUUUCCAACUUUGACACCAUCUCCCCAGACAAUAUUUUCAGCCCACGUGGCAUGUUAGCUGUAGGGCUCAGGCAAAAAUUAGUAAAGUCAUGGGCCCCUCAGAAUGUAUCAAAAAUAGACCUACUAGCUUUUUCCAAAAUGGAGACCCCAAAUCUCAUAUGCUCUAUUCUUAUCUUUAGGUUUCUGUUUAUUAAACACAUUGUUCUGCUUUA